CCCAGUGAGGGGCUUGGUAGAACAUCAUGCAGGAUCCAAAUGAAGAUACAGAAUGGAAUGAGAUUCUAAGAGAUUUUGGCAUUCUUCCUCCAAAAGAAGAACCAAAAGAUGAAAUUGAAGAGAUGGUUUUACGUUUACAAAAAGAAGCAAUGGUGAAACCAUAUGAAAAGAUGACACUUGGAGAGUUGAAAGAAGCUGAAGAUGAGUUUGAUGAAGAAGAUAUGAGAGCUAUUGAAAUAUAUAGAGAAAAGCGUUUACAGGAAUGGAAUGCACUUAAGAAAAAACAAAAAUUUGGGGAGUUAAGAGAAAUUUCUGGAAAUCAGUAUGUGAACGAAGUCACAAAUGCGGAAAAAGAUUUAUGGGUUAUAAUUCACCUAUACCGAUCAAGCAUCCCAAUGUGUUUGUUGGUUAACCAUCAACUUAGUCUCCUAGCAAAAAAGUUUCCAGAAACCAAAUUUGUUAAAGCAGUCGUGAAUAGCUGUAUUCCACACUACCAUGACAACUGCUUACCAACAAUUUUUGUUUAUAAAAAUGGUCAGAUAGAAGGCAAAUUCAUUGGAAUUACAGAAUGUGGAGGAAUAAAUCUUAAGCUAGAAGAACUUGAGUGGAAGCUAGCCGAAGUUGGAGCAAUAGAGACUGACUUAGAAGAAAAUCCCAAGAAAGGCAUUGCAGAUAUGAUGGUGUCUUCAAUUAGAAACACUUCUAUUUAUGGUGAUGGUGACAGUUCAAACAGUGAUAAUGAUACCAAAUAGAAAUAUGUAAUAAAUUGUGUUAAGGUG